AUGUCCAUGUGCACACUCCCCAAUCUGCCUCGUAUGUCCCGCGAAAAGCUCGCGGAACUCAUCAGGGCAAAGACACCGGGCGUCGUCGUGGUCGACGUCAGGGACAACGACUACAUCGGCGGCCACAUCAAAGGCUGCAAACAUGUUCCAGUCAACGAGCACGACUACCGCAUGCCUGAACUCAUCCGGACUAUGAAGGACCAAGACACUGUCGUUUUCCAUUGCGCUCUGUCUCAGCAGCGAGGUCCCUCAAGCGCGCUGAAAUACCUGCGGCAACGGGACCUCGCGAACGGAGAGAAUGCGGAGGAGCAGGCUUCCAAGCAGACGGUUUAUGUUCUUGAAGGCGGAUUCUCGAAAUGGCAGGAGGUGUAUGGGGAAGACAAGGAGCUUACUGAAGGCUAUCAGAAGGAUCUCUGGCAAGAUUGGUGA